UAUCUUAGCUAGAUUAGAUAGCUGCAUUCCCAAGAUUGCUUCUCUUCAAUUUCGAUAGAAACGAUUCCCAAAUCCAUUACCGAGAAAGGGAAAAUGUCGGGAAAAGGAGCAAAGGGUCUCAUCACCGGCAAGACCACCGCCAACAAGGACAAAGAUAAAGACAAGAAGAAACCCACUUCUCGUUCCUCGCGCGCUGGUCUCCAGUUCCCUGUGGGUAGGGUUCAUCGCCUGCUAAAAGCGAGGACCACAUCGGGUGGUAGAGUAGGUGCCACAUCAGCUGUCUACACAGCUGCUAUACUUGAAUACCUUACAGCUGAAGUGCUUGAGCUAGCAGGAAAUGCCAGCAAAGAUUUAAAGGUGAAACGUAUAACUCCAAGGCAUCUGCAGCUUGCAAUUCGAGGAGAUGAAGAGCUCGAUACUCUCAUCAAAGGAACCAUAGCGGGUGGAGGCGUGAUACCUCACAUUCACAAGUCUCUCAUUAACAAAUCGUCUAAGGAAUGAUGGGGCAGUUGGGUAAAGAAAGAAAAUGAGUGUGAUCUUCAUUUGGAUAUCGUCUAUUUUAUGAAACUUGUAGGACUGACUUUGUUUCUGUAACUAUUAUUCUUCUUUUUAUCUUUUUUUGUGGACUGUUUAGUAUCUGUUGGGGAUUUUGCACCUUUGGAUUUGGUGUUUGUUCUCAUAAGUUGCAUUUGUAGACCAAAAAUGCUAGUGGUUUUUCUUUUAUAAUUUGGGUUAAAGAGAAUAUUAGUCCUUAACUUUGAUAAUUGUUUGGAUAUAUCCCCAAACUAUUUAGAGUACGAUGUAUUAUAUUAAGAGCAA